GCGCCACAGUGGAGGCGUUCAGAAGUAGAGCCGCUCCGGUUUGAUUGGAGGAAGUAAUACAUCAACAAAGAAAGAUGGCCGAAGUCAUAGAACUGCAGAAACUGAAGCUUGCUGAACUGAGGCAGGAGUGUGAUGCCCGAGGCCUGGAGACAAAGGGAAAUAAAGGAGAACUCAUUGCCCGACUUCAAGCCUAUCUGGAGGAGCACGAGGAAGAUGUGGACGUAGACGAUGUGCUGGGAGAGGAUACAGAGGAUUUCACUAAAGUUGAGAGUGCCAACGAUGAGAAAGACAUCAAGGAAUCUGAGUCUACUGAGUGCGAGAUACCUGCUGAAAAGAAGGUGGUGAAAAUAACUCCCCAUCAUCUGCCAGUGAA